AGGCCUGUGCUGAGAGUGAAACCUCGCAAUAGCAAUACGUGUGAUCGUGAGUGUGCAAUGUGCCGAGCUAGCCUGAGCUGUGAGCUGAUGCAGUGAGGUUUUCUGACUUCUGUUUGCUAUUUUUCAAAAGUAAUUCUAGAACUGACUUAUCCAAGCCCAAGAUACCAGUAAUGUGUGAAGAUGUUAAUCUACUUAGUUCCAUUGGAACACAGUGUAAGAUUGAUACUGGAUUGUAUGCAGAUUCUGUAGAAUGGUGCCCAACCCCAACUCUGCAGGAAUAUGUAGUCUGUGGGACAUACCAACUUCAGGAAGAUUCUAGCACAGUCACUACUCAGGAUUCUGAAAAUGAGGCUGGAGAGAAAAAUAAGAGUUCAAGAAAAGGGCAGCUUCAGCUCUACCGGUUGAAAGAGAGAUCAUCACAAGAUGUUAAGAUAACCUUAAAAGAAGUCCAGAAGAUUGAUAUGCCUGGAAUCUUAGAUAUGAAAUGGAACCAACAUUUGACUGAUACAACACCACAUCUUGGAAUAGUAGAUGCUGAAGGAGUUCUACAGCUUUUCACUCUGAAUUCAAAAGAGGUAGAUAGGUAUCUAGAACCUACUUCAAAAACCAAUCUUGGAGAAGAAUGUCUUGGUCUGAGUCUUGACUGGUCAACUGGAAAAUAUGCCAGCAAACCCAGUAUUAUCUGCAGUGACUCAAUGGGAAGACUGUCUCUAUGCACACCACAAGAGGGCACCUCAUCAUUCAUGGUCCAGCAGCAGUGGUUAGCACAUGGCUUUGAAGCAUGGAUCACAGCAUUCAAUUACUGGUCUCCAUCUAUUGUUUACUCAGGAGGUGACGACUGCAAGUUCAAAGGAUGGGAUAUAAGGACCGAUUGUCAGCAGCCUUUGUUUACUAGCAAAAGACACACGAUGGGAGUUUGUAGUCUUCACUCAAAUCAGUUCAAGGAGUUUUGCUUAGCUUCUGGGAGCUACGAUGAGAAUGUAUUCUUGUGGGAUACACGGAACAUGAGAUGCCCCACCUCUGAGCUAUCUGUUGGGGGUGGGGUCUGGAGAUUAAAAUGGUGUCCCAUGGAUGGUAGUCUUCUGCUAGCAGCCUGUAUGCAUAAUGGCUUCCACAUCAUUGACUGUAAUGAGGCAAAUAACGGUAAUGGGUCUAUGUCAGUCAUUGCUUCUUACAUGGAACAUGGAUCACUUGCUUAUGGAGCAGACUGGUGCAGGGUAACACUUCAGGCUGAUCCCCAACCUCAGGACACACUGCCCACUCCCACAAAAGGGUCACCAGUCAACACAGACAGUAUGCCCACCACAUCCCAUCAAGCUGCAUGCUCAGAACUCUCUCAACCUGACAGAGUAUUACCCAUUUCACACAUGGAGUCACCACUCUCUUUUACCUCCUCUUCUACUACUGCUUCCCUACCAACUAGUACUCAUCCUGGCAGUGGAACAUAUGAGAAAGGAUCACCAGUAAAUAAGGACAGUGUAAAAUCUUGUGACAGUCUUCAAAACUCUAUACAGAUUCAGGCAUCUAAAGCAGAACAAUUAGAAGAUGAGUGCAACUUAUCAAAAACGACUCAGGAUUUAUCGCUAGUUGAAAGCGUAGACCAAAUGAGGACCUUAAUUGAAACAAAUACGAAAGAUUCAUGUCAUAUAUCAGAAGAAGCAUGUAGUAGAUUAAUUGGCACAUGCUCAUUUUAUGAUCACCAAUUUCACCUUUGGUCCUGGGAUUCAAAGACAAAUUCAUGACAUUUGUCCCUGUGCAUAAAUGUUGAACUAGAUGUAGCUCUUUGCAUAUGCUUACACAUAUGCUUGCACUCUCAUCCAUCCAAUAGACAUACGAUGCAGCACCUUUUCCUUUCUGUUACAAAGCGCGGCACACUCAACACUCCAUGUUUGGGCUAAUGUGAUUCGUACUUCAUUAAUUUUGUUUUUCAUUUAUUUCUCUAGUAUAGCAUUUCAUUCUUUUCACAAUUAUCAAAUCAACAUCAGCAUUGUAAGCCUUUGGAUCUUGAAUUAGUGGUAUGUUUCGUGAGCUAUUCCUUGAAUUAUUUCAUUAAAGGACAAGUCCACUCCAAUAAUA